CCAGCGCGACGUUGCGACGUUCCAUCGUAGUCGGUCGAAGAUCCGUUCGAAUGCGUCGCGCCGCUUGAUCGCUCGAUCCCUGUCGAUCGUGGAGUUCGAGGUACGCGGUCGCGUGUGGUGUCAGUGAACAGUAAUAAAACGGCAGCGAGAGAAAUAAAGAGAGGCGGAAGAACUGUGUUGGUGAGGAACGAGAGAGAACUUGUCUUUCCGUGUGGAGAGUGAAGAUAGGCAGCGAUCACGUCACGAUGGCAGCUUGUCGUGUGCGUCCUACCUGCGUGGCAAUCGCCGUUCUGCUGUUACAGCUAACAGCUUAUGCGAACGCAACUGAUCCGUACUUGGAAAUUUUACCAAACGGCGAGACGCAAACAAAGCCGAUCGGCUCCAGCAUUAUCCUCACGUGUAAACCGAAGGUAGACGAUCCGUCACUUAUCUCUGAUAUGCAAUGGUUCGAUCCGAUGGAUCGCUUGAUUGAGCCUCUCAACAAAAAAGGCAAUAGUAAUUCAAAGCCAUCCAGAUAUACCGAAUUGCACCAAGAUGGUAGACUGUCCCUAUACUUUAAUUCCCUUGAAGAGGAACAAGCUGGGAUGUAUACAUGCAAAGGGAUUUAUGCACGUAAUGUGCAGUUAAGCAAAUCUGUGACAAUCGAUACUAUUAUUGCGAUCACGUGGGAGAAUGCACCGCCAAAUCAGUAUCCCAUUCUUGGGGAAGAUUUCGAUAUUCAUUGUCAAGUACGCGCUAGGCCAUCGCCUUCGGUUGAUUGGCUUUUCAACGGAGAGGUGAUCAAAACAAAUAAUCACUAUAUCAUAAAUACUUAUUCCUUGAAGAUCAAGAAUGUCCAAAAGAGUGACGAUGGUACAUAUAUAUGUCGGGCAUCAGUACAAACCACAGGAGAAUUGCAAGAGCGACCUAUUCACGUUGAGGUACACAUACGACCUGCGAUCACUGAGUUUACGAAACCAAUAGACGUCAUCGAAGGCGAAAACGCAGACAUUAGGUGUAAUGGUACUGGCAAGCCACCACCAGUAAUCACGUGGGUUAAGUCUCUAACCCAACAGAAUCUGUCCAUUACCGAUCGCUUCGGUGUCGAUCCGGUCUCGGGUAUACUCACUAUCACAAAUGUGAAGCGCGAAGAUUCGGGUGAGUAUCAAUGCAUGGCAACAAACGCUGCAGGUACCGCUACUGCCACUACCCAAAUAAAUGUGAUCAUCAAACCGAAAAUCAUGGAGUUCUUGAACAAGACCGUGGUGGAGGGCAAAAGUGUGGAAAUCCAAUGUAAGGCCUUCGGUCGACCACCACCAAAAGUGAGCUUCAGGAAAUUUACCCUCGACAAGCCAUACGCGGAUGGCGCUCAGUCGGAAGAUGACCGGAUCAUCGUGAGGAACGAACCAGACCAGAACAUGUCUAGUGACGUGACUAUUGGCAUACUAUCAAUCACUGAUGUUCUUACUGAUAACGAUGGCCUGUACGAAUGUGUAGCGGAAAAUACUGGCGGCGUCGCCUACAUGAAUGGUCAUUUGACUGUGGAAUUUCCGCCCUCCUUCUCCUCCACCAUGCGGAAUGUCACUUGGUCUUGGGAAUCGAAACCAAUUAAUCUCACUUGUGAAGCCGAGAGCAUACCGAACGCGACAAUACGCUGGACUUUGCAUGAGCAGAAGAUCGAAAACGAAGCUUAUAUCCAACAGUUUGGUAACGGGCCGAUUUCCACUCUCCAAAUAAGACCGAUCGACCGGAGAUUUUACACGCAUUAUAAGUGCAUCGCUAUGAAUACUCAUGGUACGAGGGAGCGUAUGAUGGAAUUGAGAGAAGCGGCGAAACCCGGCGAGCUUUUGAGCGUCAAGAUGGCUGAAGUUACCGCCACGACGAUAAGAUUCGAUCUGCAACCGCCCGUACAUCCAGAUUUGCCUGUCACCACUAUUACCGUACAGUACAAAGAAGAGUUGCAUACUUGGCAAAACGCGAAAAAUAAGACGUGGUCUGUCGGUACUCUGUACGUCAUCGAGGGUUUGAAACCACAGACGCCCUAUGACUUCCGAUUCGCCGGGAGAAAUGAGGUCGGUCUGGGUAACUUUGGUAACUUCCAUCGAGAGAUCACACCCGGUAGAACGGUGCCAAAAGAUCCGAGAAUUCUGACCACGCCAGGCUCUGAAUACGAGCAGUCUCCGUACAGUCAUCAAUAUGAGCUCAGCUGGGUGACGCCGCCCGACAAUGGCGAACCCAUAGACAAGUACCUGAUCAAGUACUGCCAGAUAAGACGUGUCUCUGGCGAGUGGGAAGUGAUGCAAGAAACCUGUCAAUCGACAGAUGUCAAAUCCCAAAGGACGAGGCAUUUCCUCAAGGAACUGAAAUACGAUACUUUCUACACAGUCGAGCUUCAGGCUCACAACGCGAUGGGUUACGGCAAACCUGGAUACGUCAAGAUCAGGACGGCUAGAGGUGUAGAUACCAGCGUGCUGCAGCAUCAAGGCCCGUUAAUAUCGAGCGGAGCCAUAAUCGGCAUUGUCCUCGCGACGAUAUUCGUCAUCUUUAUCGUCAUUGAUGCCAUCUGCUGUUGCGUGCGCGAGACAGGAAUUAUUAACUACAUGCGCGAACGAUCUCGACGGAAACCAGUCGAUGAGGAAGAUACGAAGCUCGGCAGUCUUUACGGUUGGCGGUUUCCAUUGCCGUAUUGCGACCAAAAAAUGGCCAAUGUCGCCGGGGUCACGGCCAUCCAAGACUCAAGUAGUGGAAAAAAUACCAUUAGAUUGGUCAAACACACUGCCAUAGACGAGAAGGAGCCGCUGAAAGAGGAAAAGAAGAUCACGCCGAUCAUCGAUUCCGGACUGCGCCGAGAGACCUCCAUCACUUUUGACGGCAAGAGGUCCGUUUCCAAGACCGGCUUCGUCGGCAAAGAUUCAGCCGUCUAGAUAUUCUUCCGGCGUACUAGAUUGUAAAUCGUUCCGGAAAAACGCAGCGCGGUUUCCGGCUAAAGUGUUCUCGAAAAAAAAAAAAGAAUAAGAAAAUGCAAAACAAGAAACGAAAAGAAGGACGCGCAGAGGGAAUCAUCGUAUGUACAACAUUCACGAGCUCGUUUGCGGGAAGACGAGGGAUUUAGCAAUCCGUCUCGCCGAAUUUUUUCCGGAUGAAACCUCACGAGAUUUCUCUGUCGCCAUUCAGCGCCAAGUCUCUAUCGCGAGUCUUUGCUUUUCAUUUUUCUCUCAAAAAAAACGUGCGCGGUUUCACAGUUGCACGCCGACCCGCCUUCUAUCCUUUCAAAACCUCUUACCUCGUGUACUGCGAUAUACUUGCCGCCUACACUUCCUCGUAGAAUCCCUUGAAAGCGCUUCCCGCCACUGAUGAACAUAUCCUUUGCCUAUUACUUUGCCACAAAGUUUUCACUGCACGUCUGAUUUUGCGUGUAACGUAAGCUAACUUUAAAGAAAGGAACAAACUUUAAAAACUUGACAUAUUC